UGAUUAUGACGUUGUCAUAAUGUCAUUUUGGCACAAAAUCAAAAUUCUCGUAUAGAUUUCUAAGUUUUUUCAAAAUUUUCGUGGGAAAAUGAACCAAGAAUUGGAUAAUGCCUUCAAAUAGAGAAGUCGUCCAGAUACACAUAGGUCAAGCUGGAGUUCAGAUAGCGAAUGCUUGUUGGGAACUGUACUGUUUAGAACAUGCUAUUCAACCCGAUGGCAUUCUUUAUGCCGGUUAUCAUAAAAACCGAACCGAUGAUAGUUACAAUGCGUUUUUCUCCAUUUCUGGGGCGGGAAAAGCAGUACCAAGGGUCGUCAUGGUGGACCUAGAACCCACUGUGAUUGAUGAGAUUCGCACCGGUCAUUAUCGGCAACUCUUCCAUCCUGAACAAUUACUAACUGGAAAAGAAGAUGCUGCAAAUAAUUUUGCAAGAGGAAUGUAUUCUAUUGGAACAGAAAUGAUAGAUUUAGCGUUGGACAGGACACGGAAAGUUGUAGAUGACUGUAAUUCCCUUCAAGGAUUUAUUAUCUUUCGCGCUUUUGGAGGUGGGACAGGAUCAGGAUUUACAACUUUGUUUCUAGAAAGGAUGAGUAUGGAUUAUGGGAAGAAGAGUAAACUGGAAUUUGCUGUAUAUCCAGCACCUCGAAUAUCGCCUGUGAUAGUAGAACCAUACAAUGCCAUCCUUACGACCCAUGGAUGUAUUGAAAAUGAAGAUGUUUGCUUCAUUAUGGACAAUGAGGCAGUUUAUGACAUUUUAGCCCGAAAUUUAGACGUCCCUAGACCGACUUACACCAAUUUAAACCGGCUUUUGGGCCAAGUAGUGUCUGCAGUUACAGCCUCGCUACGUUUUGAAGGAGCUGUAAAUGUCGACUUGGUCGAAUUUCAAACAAACUUAGUGCCCUACCCUAGAAUUCACUUUCCAUUAAUAACCUACGCCCCCUUCGUCCCAGCCACGAAGGCAUACCAUGAGCAACUAUCCGUUGCACAAUUAACAAAUUCUUGCUUUGAACCAGCCAAUCAAAUGGUCAAAUGCGACCCCAGAAAUGGUAAAUACAUGUCAUGCUGUCUCUUAUAUCGUGGUGAUGUAACACCAACUGAUGUUAACAAUGCUAUCACAAAUAUUAAACAAAAGCGAAGUAUCAUGUUUGUGGAUUGGUCGCCGACAGGAUUUAAAGUUGGUAUUAAUUAUCAACCUCCUACUACAGUUCCUGGAGGUGACUUGGCCCGGGUUCAAAGGGCGGUCACUAUGCUGUCUAAUACCACAGCAAUAAAAGAUACGUGGCAAAGAAUCUUGCAUAAAUUUAACCUGAUGUAUGCCAAACGGUCAUUUGUGCAUCAUUAUGUUGGUGAAGGAAUGGAAGAAAGUGAAUUUCAAGAUGCUAGGGAGGAUCUUACUGCCCUAGUACUUGACUAUAAAGAAGUAGAUAGUGAUUAAUACCUAUAUUUAUUAUCCUGACGCUAAUGGAUUUGCAUGUAUUGUUAUACUGUUUAUCCUUAUAUCAUUUAUUGGUCUGUAAUUCUUUGGAUUAACUGGCACUUUUUCCAACUCAUCAAGCGUCUCAAACCCGUCUAUAACUCUAAAAAAACGUCUUGUACAAAUGAAAGUAAUAGAAUUGUUACUCACUUUCCAAAAA